AUGGAUGUAAUUGUUUUAUUAAAUAAAAGUGAUAAUUGUAUUGGAUACAGUGAAAUGUAUCCAGAUCCAUCAAAUCAUUUAUUAGCAAUAAUUAUAAUUGCUAUAUACUAUACAAUAAUAUUUAUUUUGGGAUUGAUAGGAAAUUUAUAUAUAAUUAUAUUAACAUUAAAACAUAAAUCUCUUCAAUCUGUUCAAAAUAUUUUUAUUUUAAAUCUAGCUAUAUCUGAUAUUUUUCUUUGUCUUAUGUCAAUUCCAAUAACACCAUUUGUAAAUAUUUAUAAAGAAUGGAUAUUUGGUUCACCAGCAUGCCGUAUAUCAGGAUCUAUUCAAGGUAUUGGUAUUUUUAUUUCAACAUAUAGCUUAUGUGCUAUUGCUAUUGAUAGAUAUUAUCGUCUUGUUGAAUCACCUAAAACAUCAUUAACAAAAAUACAAGCAAUUUUUGCAACAUUAACAAUAUGGAUUAUUAGUUUUAUUAUAACUUUUCCAUAUAUAUAUAAUAUGAAAUUAGUUACAUAUAAUAAUAUAUGUGGAUAUUUUUGUACUGAAGAUUGGGAUAAUGAUAAACAUCGUCAAAUUUAUACAAUAAUACUUUUUUUUGUUCAAGGUAUAAUUCCAUUUUGUAUAAUAACUUUAUGUUAUCAACAAAUAUUUGCUAAAUUACACAAAAGAGCAAAUUUUAAAAUUUUAUCAAUUUCUCAACAAGUAAAUUUGUUGUCAGUUUUAACUAAUACUGUCUGUAAUGAUGUUUCAUUAGAUAAAAUAAAGAUUAAUAAAUUAAUAGAAAAAAAGAAGAGAAUUGAAAUACAAAAAAAGAAGAUAACAAUUAUUCUUAUAUUAAUGGUUAUGAUAUUUGCUUGUGCCUCAUUACCAUUGAAUAUUGUAAGUAUCAUAACAGAAUUAGAUUCUUCAGGUUUAUUUAUUUUAAAUAAUGGAACAGAUAUAACAUAUAUAACAAAUAUUUGUGCUCAUGGAAUAGCAAUGAUUAUAUGUAUAACUAAUCCUAUUUUAUAUGCUUUAUUAAAUCCAGAAUUUCGUAUUUUAGUUAUGAAAAGUUUAAAUUGUUAUAUAUCAUUAUUUAAUAUUGGUGGAAAUUCUAUGUAUUUUACAACUGAACAACAAGAAUAUGUCUAA